UCAAGUUACCUGGAAGAGCUGCUGAUGCCCCAUCCCUGGCAGCGCCCGAGUCCAGGCUGGAUGUGGCUUUGCACAGCGGGCGGUGUCCCCGCACUGGGGCAGCUCAGAUGUGGCCAAUGGUGGAGCAGCGCUACGUGUGAUCCCAGCACUGCCCUCCUCCCGACGCCGCCUCUAAAAGCGCUGCUGAGCUGCACAGCGCUUCCAGCCCCGGCGCUGCUGUGCGGGACGAGAGCAGCAACAGCACGAGAGCAGCAGUCAGAGCUGGGACACAGCGCAGCGCUGCUUUGGCUCCCCGUGUGAGUGUGAGCGCUCUCCCGAUGGCAGGACAUCACAGCAGAGGGUCCCAGCUGAGCAUCGUCCUGGUGGGCAAGACGGGGAGUGGCAAGAGUGCGACAGGGAACACCAUCCUUGGGACAAAGAAGUUUCGCUCCACUGUGUCAGCAGAGUCGGUAACCAAAGAGUCCCAGAAAACUGAAGGCCAUUUUGCUGGAAGAGCAAUUACUGUUGUUGACACUCCUGGCCUUUUUGACACUAAGGAAGUCAAUGAAAAAACAGCUGAAAAGAUUAAGAAUGCGUUUCAGGAUUUCUCUGCAGGUGUCCAUGCCAUCGUGCUUGUGAUGCAGCUGGGACGAAUCACACAGGAGGAGCAGGAAGUGGCUGAGUGGGUGACCAAGAUGUUUCAUGUGAAAGCAGAGAGAUACACAAUCCUGUUAUUCACCCGAGCAGAGGAGCUGGAGGAUCCAAAAGGUCUGAAGGGCAUCAUAGAAGAGAGCCCAUACCUCAAGGGCCUGGCAGCCAAGUGUGGAAAUCGGUACAUUGGUUUCAACAACAGAGCCACUGGGGAGGCGAGGAAUCGGCAGGUUGCAGAGCUCAUCGACAUGAUUGAUGUCAUGGUAGAGCAAAAUCAUGAUGCUACGCAUUACACACGAGAAAUGCUGGAGGAAGACACACGGACAUUCCGUGAAAAAUAUUGUACCAUCCUGUAGGCAGCGAGGGGUCGGUCCCAGAACAGGGACCUCCUCUGCUGUGCUGUUCCUGCUGUCUGUAUGGGGUGAUGUGAGGCAGGGUGUGUGGUGAUGGGCCUGAAGGAGCUGUCAAUAAACACUGAGCAUUGCUGUGUGGAGGAGCAUCCGUCUGUGCCCUGGGUUCUGGGGUGCUGAGCAGUGCUGGCAGGAGGUGGUCGCACACACGGUGCAGUGGGGACGAGGCCCAGUGCCGGCUGUGCCUGCGGGGAUGGGAUGUGGAGGGCUGGUGCCCGUGGCUGUGGGCAUGCAGGCUGCUCUGGAGGAUGGCGGGGAUGUGGAAGGGGAGCUGCCCUCGGUGCGAGAGCUGAGGUUCUCCAGCAGCCUUUGCUCCGAGAUGUGUUGUGUGCACUGCUGGAAUGGAGCACGCUUACGGGAAAGGCGUCUGUGGGACCUCGGGCCUCAGCUGGCGUGUGCAGGUGAUGUGGGCGCUCUGCAGCUCGGAGGCAGCAGCAGGACGGGCAGCACAUUGCUGGCAGAAUGGUCAGGAUGAAACGUUCAGCACACAGCUACACACGCACACAGUGCUGGGGGUGAAGACCGGGGCUCCGGGAUCUGGGACAGGGGGGCACUGUGCUGGUGGCAGUCAUGGGGGGUUCCGCUGGGCUCCGUGUCAGGGCUGAUUCUCUUCAGUCUUCUCUCCAUGACUGGAAACUGUCACUGAGGUGCACUGAGGAAGGUUGUGGAUGACACUGCACUGCCAUGAGCUGCUGACUCUGUCAGGGGCAGAAAAGCCUUGCAGUGAGACCCUGAGCGAUGGGAGGACCAGGCAGUGCCCAAUGGAACGGAGAUGACCAAGAGCAAGAGCUGCAUUCUGCACGUGGGAUGGGGCUGUCCUGGGUGUAUGUAAAGAAACAGAGGCUGGACGGCAGCCCUACAGAAGGGAUCUGGGGGCUCUUGGUCAGCCAGGUGGAUGUGUGCAUGCAGUGCCCUGCAGACAAAAGGUCCCAUCCCCUUUGCCCAGCAGUGUUGUUGAGGGAAGGGACUGUUCCCUGUGCUCUGUGCUUCAGCGUGACCUCGAGCACGGGGUGCAGGUUGUGUGCUGUUGUGUCAGCAUCCAAAGGAGGGCUGUGGAGAUGGUUCUUCAGGGCAAGGGGUGUGAGGAGUGCUAGGGCCCUGGGUUUGUUGGGCACAGAGCUGAGGGGAAGGCUCACGGCUCUGCAGCUCCUCAUGGCCAUGCAGACCCUCGUGGCCCUGUAGCUCCUCACAGGGAGUGGAGGGGCAUUGGUGAGCUCUGUGACAGCGACAGUGCCUGAAGAAAUGUGAUGGAGCUGUGUCCAAGGAAGUUUGCGUGGUGGUGAGGGAAACGCUUUGCCGCAGAGGGCAGUGGGCAUAGUGCAGCCCCCCAGAGCAGUGGGUAUGGCCAAGUGCCCCAGUGCUGCCUCAGGAAGGGUAGAGCAUCGGUCUGCACUACUAUAUAGGUGUGUAGAGCUAAAUUCAGCGUUCUUGAGGCCAAAGAAAAGCACCAGAACAUCACCAUGGCGAGCAAGUUCCUGCUCUCCACCUGCUAAUGUCUGGAAAAGCCAGUUUGCCAGCAACAAGGCAGUUUGCUGUGGUACCACAAUGACUUUGGCCACCUUUACAGCCUCUAUGGCUCUUCCCCCAGACAUCUGCUUUUCUUUCAGAAACUUUCUUGAUGCCAGUAUCAAUGUUACAAUAAAAAACAACGUGAGGAUUAUAUUGUCCACAACACAUUAAUACUUUGGUGAGCAGCCUUUGAAGGUUCUGUAGCAGCACUGCCCUGUAAGGCAACUGAUGCUCAGUUUCCACUGAAUUCACCCACUCAACCACUUCCU